AUGCGCCUGGUUCUUACUAAAUCUAACAAUACAGAAUCAACUACUCAACCCGCUCACCAUAGACCCAAACUAAUGCAUCUGCUUCUCGUCAACCCUAACAGCACAGAGUCUAUGACUCAGGCCGCCGGCCAACAGGUUGAAGCCUAUCUGAACAAGGCGUACCCUGGCAAUUUCCGAGAUAUCGAAGUGUCGCUAUUCACGGGACCUCCGGAUGCCCCGCCCGAGAUUGAUGGCGAGAAGACAAGUUACGAAUCCGCUCGCAAAUGUCUGCCCCUACUGUGCGAGCGCACUCUUGACACUCAGAGGAAGCAGUAUUUUGAUACUUUUGAUGGCGUGCUGGUUGCUUGUUUUUCAGACCAUCCCUUGGUACACCAAUUACUAGCAAAAACUGAGAGUUCCACGCCAGUUACUGGCAUUUUCCAUGCCUCUAUGACCACUUGUCUGUCCCGGCCGGGAGCCGCCUUUUCGAUCAUCACCUCAAAUGACGAAUGGGUCGAAUUGCUCGACGCCGGUGCCGAGAAGCUGUUGGGCGCUCCAAGACCCUACGCCGGCUCCUGCUGUUCCUUCAAGGGCACCAUUGCGUCUUCAUUGCCGGUUUUGGACCUACACAAUCCGAAAAACUUGCACGCUAUUGCCAAGCGUAUCUAUCAAGAAAACGUUCGACGCCUCAACACUACUACUGUGAUACUGGGUUGUGCAGGGUUUUCCGGCAUGGAACAACCUUUGCAACAAGAAAUUCGCAACAUUGCACUCGAACAUGAUUCCAGCAGUCAGUUGAAUGUCACCCUACUUGAUAGCGUGGUUUGCGGUAUCGAGACAUUAGCCCUGAUGUGCAGAUUGCAAUUUAACUAG